CACCUUCCUAGCCCUAAUAUUUAUUCUGCUCUGUAGUGUGUAGCAGCAAGAGAGAGACAGAGAGCUGAUGCUGAUCCAGAGUCAACAAUUUGGUAUUCGUGUUAAAAAAUGUGGGACCUAAUCCAUGCCUCCCUCUGUAAUAAUAUGAAAAGAGUAAACUUUCUGUCGAUAUCAAGAUUUGUUAUAUACUCAACCGUUUUUGUUCAAUACCUUUCAUUGGCACAGAUGACUGUUGACCCACCUUCUAAUAUACAGAUUGAGGACCUUGGCAAUUUAGGAAUAUUAGAAGUAACCUGGCAACCUCCAGCUUCUAUGAAGAAUGCAAGUGAUUGUUCUGUAUGGUAUGAAUUAACCCAUCAGGUCGUCAAUGAAAAAAGAUGGAAGUCAGUUAGGACAAAGCAUCAAACAUACAGAGAAGCCUUUGAUCUUGGGAAGAAUGUUGUCAUAAAAAUGAGAACAUACUUGAAAGGCCCAUGUACAGAAGAAAAUGAAGCAUGGAGCGAAUGGGUAGAUGUAAACUUCCCAGAGUCUUUACAAGGAGCUGCUGAAUCAAAAGUUAAAGAUUUUAUGUGCAUCAAUGAUAAAUUUGAAACCCUGAAAUGUGAAUGGAAGGCAGGAGUACUUGGCAGCAACAGCAACUACGAGCUGCAGUACUGGCAAGACGGAAUGUCUCAGAAGAAGACCUGUGCAAACUACACAACACUGAAUGAAAUAAACACAGGGUGUGGUUUUGGAAAAGAAGAAUUUCAGCUUUUUUCAGACCUGUUUAUCCGUGUCGCCGGAAUUCAAGGCAUGGACCCAAUUAGACCAUCUUACUUUAUUUUUCAGCUGCAGAAUAUAGGUAAACCUGAUAUUCCAGAAAAUGUGACAAUGACUAUGGCCUCAUCUGAUGACUUUGUCUUAGACUGGAAGGAACCCAAGGGUAAAAUUCCUGCACAUUGUUUGCAGUAUGAGAUUCAGUCUAAACACCAAAUGAACAUGUGGCAGACUGUUGCCAAGCAGAGAGUAAAGAGAUAUAGUUUUAAGAAAUAUGAGACACCUAAACCUUGCCUACGUGUCCGGGCAAAAACAAACAUGUAUUGUGCUAAUGACGGAUACUGGAGUGACUGGAGCCCAGAGACAUGUUGGGAAGAACCCCAUUUUAAACUUGACCACAAGUGGCUAUACUGCAUUGUAGCUGUGACUAUCAUAUUGACAGGCUUAUGUGCCGCAUUUAUAUAUGUACUUAGAAAGAGAAGACAAUGGUCAAAGAAGUUACAGAACAAGGCAAAAGAGCUGGUGUAUGAAAUCGAUCCUGGACAUAACCCUAAAUGCAGAUUAUAAAAAAAAAAAACUGUAUUGCUGCUAUAGAACAUGCAUAAAGUACACCUGUUCAAGACCAUAUUAAAGAACCCGGUGACGGCACUUACAAAGAAUGUGAAUUUACCCUGAUCCGAGGGUUUGUCAACAUA